AUGGACCCUUCCAGUGCCAGCCUCAGCGAUCCCGCCAUGGGGAACGAAGAGGCUCCGCUGCCACCACCAUCGGAAGCCUCGUACGACGCCAGUGCCGCCAAUUCCUCGCCGAACACCUUGCCGUCCCAGCCAUCGAGACAAUCCCGCAGCGUGUCUGUUUCCUCCUUCACGGGCUCAGUCAGCAGCAAGAGCCGCUAUGCCGAGCCGGGCACCUCCGACAUCCACGCCGAACGAUCUAGCUUCUCUAGCAGCCCUCACUCUUCCACUUUUCUCAAAGGUGCUCGAUCGAUGAGUUCGUACAGUCGACGACACUCGGCCGCUUCAGAAGCCCUGACUGAGGAACUCUACUUGGGAGAAUCUCAGCAGGAGCAGGUCUUCUCUGACAACGAUACUCCUCGGAUGCGCCCCAACCCAGAAGUUCCAGCCAACCACUCGGCUCUCCCCGAACCCGCUCUGACUACCAGGUCGUCGUUUUCAGAUUCUCAUUCAAUUCGAUCGAAGCGUCUGUCGGGAACAUCGUUGUAUUCAUUGGCUUCGGCACGUGGCGUCAUCAUCAGCCCAUCGCAAUCGCAACCCAAUCCUGCGUCUGAUCAAGGACCGCCUCCGCGAUCGGUACCGAGUCUGAUGUCGUCCGGAAAAGGGCCAGCCUCGGCCCAACCUGAAGCUGCAUUGUCUAGCGUCACCGUCACCACUUCUUCAGGCAGCCAGUCGGGACAUGGAUCGCCUAAUACUCACAGUCUCGCGGCCAGAGACUCGCAACCGCCGCAUCUUGAUCUCGUCAGGCGAAACCAACGAUCCGAAACCAUGCGAAGUACUCAGCCCGAUCGUUCUCGGAGUAGAGCAAAGAGACGGUUCAGCGGAAGCACUGCAUACAGCAGUCAGAGCCCAAGCAGUGAACGAGGACCGCACCAUCGAGAGAAAGAAGAAGGUGUUAUUGGCAUUUGCGCUCUCGAUAUCAAGGCCAGAAGCAAGCCGAGCCGGAACAUUCUGAAUCGCCUUAUAGCGAACCGCGAGUUCGAUGUGGUGGUUUUUGGUGACAAAACCAUUCUCGAUGAAGAGGUUGAAAAUUGGCCAAUGUGUGACUAUUUAAUAUCAUUCUACUCGGAUGGGUUUCCUUUGGAAAAGGCUAUUGCAUAUAUAAAGACGAGGAAGCCCUUCUGCGUCAACGAUGUGCCGAUGCAAAAGAUCCUUUGGGACAGGCGUGCGUGCUUGCGUCUGCUGGACAAGAUUCAGGUUCGCACGCCAAAGCGGCUUGAAGUGACGCGGGACGGUGGCCCAGAGGUUCUCACCCCAGAAAUGUCAAAAUAUAUCAAGGAAGUGUCUGGGGUGACACUGGAACCCGCUGACCCCGAAAAUACUCCACCACCAAAGAAAGUUGAACUUAUAGACGACGGAGACGUUCUCAGUGUUGAUGGAGCCCUUCUCAAGAAGCCCUUUGUAGAGAAACCAAUCAGCGGCGAGGAUCACAACAUCAUCAUAUAUUUUCCAAAGAGCUCUGGAGGAGGAGCACGGAAGCUGUUCCGAAAAGUUGGAAACAAGAGCUCUGAAUACAUUCCCGAGCUCAACGUCCCCAGAGCCAUCUCCGAACCCGAAGGCAGCUACAUCUACGAAAGCUUUAUGGAAGUGGAUAACGCGGAAGAUGUCAAGGCUUAUACUGUUGGCCCUCAGUACUGCCAUGCGGAAACCCGCAAGUCUCCAGUUGUCGAUGGCAUCGUUAGACGAAACACGCACGGCAAGGAGCUGCGCUAUGUGACGAGUCUCGGUGCGGAAGAGCGAGAAAUUGCUCGCAAGAUUUCGACUGCUUUUGGACAGAGAGUCUGCGGAUUCGAUUUGCUCAGAGCUUCGGGAAAGAGCUAUGUCAUUGAUGUCAACGGCUGGAGCUUUGUCAAGGACAAUGAGGACUAUUACGAGCAUUGCGCCAGUAUUCUUAAGGAUGUCUUCAUCAAAGAACGAAUUCGCCGUGGCGGCAUAACACCGCCGCCAGUUGCUUCUCCCGCCCCGUCUUCGGAUGCCGACCCUAUCGCAAAAGCAGGACAGACGAUUACGGAGCACGAGCAAUCAGGAGGCACAAACACCACCGGGGCUACCACCAGCCAGCCCAUAUCUGCGGCGAAGCCAAACAACAGCACGACGCAAGCUGAACAACCCAGUCAAGCUGAGUCCGCGCUAGUCCCCCCUAGCGGUACGGCAUCGCCAACCAUAGAGAGUGCGCGGACGUCCGUUGGCCAGAGCUCGGCAGGGAGCCCCUUGCUUCCACAGCCGCUGCUACCGCCUUCAGAUGUUUUGUCACCCAGCGUUUUGUCAUCAACUCCCAGGUCCAGCAAGGAUGCAUCACAAUCUCCUGCUGGUCCAUCAGCGCAGGAAGAGGACGUGGCUGAACCUACGCCUCCCCCUCCUCCUCCUCCAAAGCACUCGUGGAAGUUGAAGGGUAUGGUUUCAGUUAUCAGGCAUGCGGACAGGACUCCCAAGCAAAAGUACAAGUUUACUUUCCACACUGAGCCUUUUAUCGACCUCCUUAAAGGCCACCAGGAAGAAGUGCUCCUUAUUGGAGAGCCUGCCCUGGCGAGCGUGAUACAGGCCGUAGAUGUCGCCUACAUACAAGGUGUUGAGGACCGAGAAAAACUUCGAUCUCUCCGAAAUGUCCUUGUUAAAAAAGGAAGCUGGGCUGGAACCAAGGUGCAGAUUAAGCCCAUGUUCCGCAAGAAGAAGAAGGAGCCAGUGCCGGAAGCUGAGGAAGCUCCCCAGCCGGGCCAAACCGGCGAUAGCACGCCCCUGGUCCCAGGAGACGAUGCAGAUAAAGCUGAGGGGCGAUCAUCCAAACGACAUGAUUCAGUUUCAGAAGUCACCAUGUCAAAGUUUACCGCCGCGGAAGAGAGCCUAGUCCUCGACAAGCUCCAGCUCAUUGUCAAAUGGGGUGGCGAGCCGACCCAUUCGGCAAGGUACCAGUCACAAGAGUUGGGAGAGAAUAUGCGUAAUGAUUUGAUGCUGCUCAACAGGGAUAUCCUCGACGAGGUCCACAUCUAUAGCAGCUCCGAGAGGCGAGUUACUGCUAGCGCACAGAUCUGGGCAUGCUCCUUUUUAGGCGAGAAAGAGCUCCCGGAAGACUUCAUCACCAUCCGUAAGGACCUUUUGGAUGACUCUAAUGCCGCCAAAGAUGAAACAGACAAAGUCAAGAAGAAGCUUAAGGGGCUGUUGCGUGAGGGCAAUGAACGUCCAGCACAGUUUGCCUGGCCUGAGAACAUGCCGGAGCCGUCAGAGGUCCAGAACCGAGUCGUACAACUAAUGAACUUCCACCGCCGAGUGAUGCACUCCAGCACCGAGAAGCUCAAUGGGGAGGGAUCUAGUUCGUCGCUUUCGUCAGCACUAUCGCAGGCUAAUGCAGUCACCAACAUCCAGCCCAGAUGGUGUUGCGGAGAGGACGCGGAUCUCUUCCGCGAGAGGUGGGAGAAGCUCUUUACGGAGUUUUGCGACGCAGAGAAGGUGGAUCCUAGCAAGAUCUCUGAGCUCUACGACACGAUGAAGUUUGACGCCUUGCACAACCGGCAGUUUUUGGAGUGGGUGUUUACCCCGCCGCGAAGCAUGCUCGAGGAGGAGUAUGGUGUCAAAGAUGGUAAAACAAAGGACGGCGAGGAUGUCGCCGCCGACAAGGCUGACAGCUCCAACCGGUCGGCAACAUACUUUAGGCUGUAUAAGAGCAAUAGCGGCGCGGCGGAUAAGACGGAUCCGCGGAACGAACCGCUUCAGGAGCUGUACCGGCUGGCCAAGAUUCUUUUCGAUUUCAUCUGCCCGCAGGAGUACGGUAUCUCGGAUAGCGAGAAGCUGGAAAUCGGACUUUUGACAUCCCUGCCGCUCCUCAAGGAGAUUGUCCAGGAUCUGGAGGAGAUGCAGGCCUCCAACGACGCAAAGUCCUUCUUCUACUUCACCAAGGAGUCGCACAUCUACACCCUGCUCAACUGCAUCAUCGAAGGCGGCAUCGAGACCAAAAUCAACCGAAGCACCAUCCCUGAGCUGGACUAUCUCUCGCAGAUUUGCUUUGAGCUGUAUGAAUCGGAAGUCAACCCGCCUCCCGAGGAUGGCGACGAGCCCACUUUUGCUUAUAGCAUCCGCAUCACCAUCAGCCCUGGGUGCCAUGUCUUUGAUCCCUUGCACGUCCAGCUGGAUAGCCGGCACUGCAUCGGAUGUGCGCCGCGGCGCAGUCUCACGCCCCAUCUAGAUUGGCUGCAGGUCAUCAAGACCCUACGCGCCAAAUUCAAUCAGGUUAAACUGCCAAAGACGUUCCUCGCCAUCAACCUGUCAGAUGCCUUCACCUUUGAAGAGCUCGAAAGACAUGGAAGCGAUCAGGAGGGUGGCCUCGAAAUGAAGUCAACAACCCAUGUAAGGGAUAAGGCAGCACCCGCUGAUGCCGGCAACGAAGAAAGCAGCUGCGCGGUCGUCGACGACGAAGCUGCUCCUAUCCCCGAACCCGAGGGUCCCAUUGUCAAUCCCACUUGA